UUUCUAAACCAACUUCUAAACCUCCCUUUGCUCUUCUACGACAAAUCCUAACAACCAGACUAAUCGAUCGACUAUAAUACUACCGAAAAAAAUCCGCGCAAGCGUUGAACGACUUUGUGUCUACUAUUCCGCGGUAAGAGAAGCAAUUCAAUAGCUACAGCGACUCCGAUGAGCAGUCACCAUGAACGAAUCCAUGAUUAUAAGAACGGACGCCAAAAGCAACAGUGAUUACAGUCUCCAGUUAAAUCGCUGGUUCUUAAAACCGAUCGGUGCUUGGCCAUAUUUUUCCACCACCUCGACACUCGAAAAAGUCAUUUCCGUCUCUUUGAUCAUCUUCUGUUAUGUCGUUAUACUGUUCAGCAUAAUCCCUUGCGUCGCUCAUUUGAUCUUCGAAGAUGAUAGUUUUUAUAGAAAAGUAAGAGUGUUCGGUCCUCUGGGUCAUUGGUUCAUCGGCGGAAUCAACUACACCAACCUGCUGUUUCGAAGCAAAAAUAUAAGUGACUGUGUGGAACACAUUGAAACUGAUUGGCAAAUAGUGACGAAAGAGAAACAGCAACAAGUAAUGUUGAAACACGCGAAGUUUGGCCGAUACGUAUCGGCUAUAUGCGCGAUCUUCGUGCACAGUGGUAUCAUGUCUUACUGUAUAGUAAGUGCAUCCAGUACGCAGAUCAUCAAAGUUGGUAACGAGACGAGGACCAUGCGUUCGUUGCCCCUUGGUGUUUACAACAGGAUGAUCCCAGUUGACACGAGCCCCGCGAACGAAAUAGUCCUCGUAAUGCAGUUUCUAUCGGCUUUCAUCGCCGACUCCAGCGGAAUUGGAUUUUACACCCUCGCGAGUGUCUUAGCAGCACAUGCUUGCGGUCAACUGAGCGUGUUAACGAUUUGCAUCAGUGACUACGUGAAUGAAGCUGGUAACAGAAAAGAGGAUACUUCUUUUAGAAAAAUUGGAACGAUCGUGGAACAUCAUCUGAGAACACUAGAUUUUAUAGCACGUAUAGAAGAAGUAAUGAGCUGGGUGUGCAUGACAGAGUUGUUUAGAUGCGUUUUGGCAAUAUGCAUGGUUGGGUAUUAUAUCGUUACGGAAUGGUCCGAUCAUGAUGUUCGAAGCCUUACCUCCUAUUUCAUAAUAUUUGCAUCAGUUACUUUCAAUACAUUUCUACUAUGUUAUAUUGGUGAAUUGCUAACAGAACAGUGCAUGAAAGUCGGUGAGAUAGUUUAUAUGACAAAUUGGUAUAUCUUACCUAAAAAAAGAAUCCUUGAGUUGAUUUUGAUCAUCGCACGAUCGAGUGUGGUCAUUGAAAUCACAGCAGGAAAAUUAAUUCACAUGUCCAUACACACGUUCGGUGAUGUGAUGAGAUUGGCAUUUGCGUAUCUUAAUAUACUGUGUCAAAUGACAUAA